UUAUUGAUGCACAAUGAAUCGAUAUAUAACAUUGACCCAAUUGGGUGAUGGUACUUACGGCACAGUAGUAUUGGGCCAACGGAAGGAUACCGGCGAAAAAGUGGCCAUUAAGCGCAUGAAACGAAAAUACUAUUCCUGGGAGGAAGCGAUGAAUUUGCGAGAAGUUAAGUCCCUGAAGAAGUUGUCACACCCGAAUAUCGUCAAACUAAAAGAAGUGAUACGUGAAAAUGACACAUUGUAUUUUGUGUUCGAAUAUAUGAAGGAGAAUCUGUACCAGAUGAUAAAAGAUCGUGAAACUCAUCUGCCUGAACCGACCCUUAAGAGUAUAUUGUUUCAGGUUUUAACAGGUUUGGCUUUUAUGCAUCGGCAUGGCUUUUUUCAUCGCGAUCUCAAGCCCGAAAAUUUGCUUUGCUCUGGACCGGAGUUAAUAAAAAUUGCUGAUUUCGGUUUGGCACGAGAAAUUCGAUCGAGACCACCAUUCACCGAUUAUGUUUCUACCCGAUGGUAUAGAGCUCCAGAGGUUUUAUUACAUUCAACCAAUUAUGGAAGCUCCAUAGAUAUGUGGGCCAUGGGUUGCAUCAUGGCCGAGCUGUAUACAUUUCGUCCGUUAUUUCCCGGCAGUAGUGAAGUUGACCAACUCUUUAAGAUAUGUUCUGUUUUAGGAACUCCAGACAAGAACGACUGGCCGGAUGGAUAUCGGUUAGCUGCAACUAUACACUUUCGGUAUCCAGACUGUGUAAGGGUACCAUUAAACUCAAUUGUUACACGCUGCAGCCAACCAGGAUUGGAUCUGCUCGAAGAUUUGCUUCUCUACGAUCCGGAUAAAAGGCCUACAGCCCAACAAAGUCUAAAAUAUCCAUAUUUCAAUGCCCUGAAACGUAUAUCGCCUGCGGCGGCCACAAAGGCCAAUAUCAAGUUGAAUUCAAAGUAUGCCAAUAAUGCGGGAGUGACACAGCAAUUGUCCAGCAAUAUGCUUCCUGUGCAAGAAAAACUUCAGACCCUAACGGACAUGAUACAUCGUAGCAACAACAACAAUAACAACAAAAACGUUACAAACAAUAACCUAAAUCGGAACGAUAUAACAGAGGCCAAUUUGCUGAAUAACUCGAAAAAUGGACACAUUGUCGUCCAGCAAGCCAAAAACGUCAGCCAUGUACAAAUACCUAAAAUAAGCUUUCUAGCGAUGAACACGAAUGACCUAAUGAACCCCGCCCCUCCAUCGAUGAGAGUAAUGACGAAACAGACAAAGCCAAUGGACGAAGGCUCAUCGGUGAAAAGUGAAACGAUUCGUUACAACACGAUUUUGGCACCCUCUAGUAACAUUUACCUCAGCAGCGGCAAUCUGAAUCAGAGCACAGACAAUUUGGCCCGCACAGAGUCCAUAAACGAUAUAUUCUUAAAUCGCAACAUAUCACACCUUUUCGGAAUAAGCCAACAGCCAGCCCCGGUCGCCAGUCAACAACACCAUCCGAAUGUAUCAUUUCACAGUGGGAAACAGCAAAUGGUGGGCGGAACCAACAAUAACAAUCGCGGCAACAGCACCAUCUACAUGAAUGGGACACGCAACUACGCCCUGUAUGAGACCGCUGCAAAAAAUGCCAAAAAUUCUGCCAAAAUUGGCGGCUACUAUGUGUACGCCAGACCCACACAGGAUUCCUUCCCCUACGAACCCAAUAAAGUGUACAAUAUGUUUUCGAAGGUAGCCGUGAGUAAACAGAAUGGUCCAUCGGAGUUGAUAUUGAACAAUUCGUAUGGACGGCCCAAUCUAAUGGGCAGUAAAGUCUAUACGAAUAACGAUGGCUAUUCGGCGCGAUCGCAUUCUAAAGAUAUGGAGUUUGCCACAACUAAUUUCACAGAUCGAACAGUAAAUAUGCCAAACAAACAUUUAGAAUCGGAUGUGACCGAGAAAGGUGUCGAUAAUGGUGAUGAAUUGGAUACAAUAUUGGGAAAGAAAUUGAAAAGUUCUGCCAAAAAACAACGAUCAUCCAAGUCAAAUAUUUUGUUAGAGGAUCUCUUUGGUCAUUUGUCUAUGGACUCGGAUUUGAGUGAUUCAAAGUUUGCGGAACAAAACAUAACGGACCGGACGUCAGCUGCUCUGGCCGUUGGAAAGCACUCGAACGUUCUAAGCAGCAUCGAAGCGAACGACGGCAGCCGGACAGAGUCAUUUGCUACAAAUCCGGUCAAUGCACAAUCGGACACAAAAAACAAAACAUUUCCCUGGGAUGAAACCAACAAAACGGAAGAUGAAAAGCUUACGGCUUGGAUGGUAUCUGACAGCGCCAAACUAAAACACUCGAAUAACGUUUAGGA